CUUAAAAGUAAUGUUUUUGGUUUUCAAAGAUUAUAAAAUUCGAAAAUACUAAUUGUGAUUUGUGAGUUCCAUUGAUAAAUAAGCAAACAUAAAGGACCAACAAAUGUUUUGAAAACCAAAAAAAAUGGUGGUUGUGGAGGUUGGGGCACAUGAGAGCGUUUUUUUGACCAAAGUACGUAACAGAAUCAACUUCUUCACUUGCCCGGUGGUUUCAUUUUCCUUUUAUAAAAAGACAAAUAUGAACUCAUUUCCUCAAAACUUAAUCACACCAUGGCGGCUCAACUUCAACCUUAUAACAUCAUCGAGACCUGUCACAUCUCUCCCCCAAAGGGCACCGUUGCAUCCACCACUCUUCCUCUCACCUUCUUCGAUGCCCCCUGGCUCUCUCUCCCACUCGCCGAUUCUCUCUUCUUCUUCUCUUACCAAAACUCAACUGAAUCUUUCCUCCAAGACUUUGUACCCAACCUCAAACAUUCCCUCUCCAUCACUCUCCAACAUUUCUUCCCUUACGCCGGUAAACUGAUUAUCCCGCCUCGUCCCGACCCUCCAUAUUUACACUACAACGCUGGCGAAGACUCUCUUGUUUUCACCGUAGCAGAGUCUACUGAAACCGACUUCGACCAACUGAAGUCUGAUUCCCCUAAAGAUAUCAGUGUGUUGCAUGGCGUCUUGCCCAAGUUACCUCCUCCUCACGUCUCUCCGGAAGGAAUUCAGAUGCGACCAAUAAUGGCAAUGCAAGUCACCAUCUUCCCUGGAGCUGGAAUCUGUAUAGGCAACUCAGCUACACAUGUUGUAGCAGAUGGAGUCACCUUCAGUCAUUUCAUGAAGUAUUGGAUGUCAUUGACCAAAUCCAGCGGCAAAGAUCCGGCCACGGUUCUUCUACCCUCUCUGCCUAUUCACAGCUGCAGAAACAUAAUCAAGGACCCAGGAGAGGUAGCCGCAGGACAUUUGGAGCGGUUUUGGAGCCAAAACUCUGCAAAACACAGUUCACAUGUUACGCCUGAGAACAUGGUCAGAGCCACUUUUACAUUGAGCCGGAAGCAGAUAGACAAUCUCAAGAGUUGGGUUACAGAGCAGUCUGAGAAUCAAUCUCCUGUUUCUACCUUCGUGGUGACUCUAGCUUUCAUUUGGGUAAGCUUGAUUAAGACACUUGUUCAAGACAGUGAAACAGAGGCCAAGGACGAAGUCUUUCACUUGAUGAUCAACGUGGAUUGCAGGAAUCGUCUCAAGUACACACAACCAAUACCACAAACAUACUUUGGCAACUGUAUGGCUCCUGGUAUCGUAUCAGUCAAGAACACGAUUUGCUAG